AUAAACAAUUAUCAAAAAAAAUAAUAAUAACAGGGCGAAGUAGAGUCAUGUCUCUUUUUUUAAAAUGUACACAAUUUAAGUGAUUUGUCUUUUAUUUUGAAGGCAAAAUUACAACACCAGAACUCGGAAUGACUUCCUGUGUACGAUGGGUUUUCCGCUGUUGUGAUUUGUAGUCAUUGCAUUGACCUGAAGAAGAAGACAGUAGUACAGGGUGAAGUGUGGACUGAGACACUUGACAAACAUGAAUUUUAAAGUCCGGGCUGCAACUAAAGAAGACUGCAAAGACAUAUCGAGACUGAUAAUGGAGCUGGCGGUGUAUGAAAAAAUGCCUGACCAAGUGAAGAUAUCUCAUGAAGAGCUGGAGCGGGACGGCUUCUGUCAGAAUCCCUUCUUUGAAUGCCUCGUCGCAGAAGUGCCCGAGGAGCAUAAAUCUAAAGAAGGAUUCACAAUUGUUGGAUACGCCUUUUACUUUUACACGUACAGUACAUGGAAGGGGCGGACCAUAUAUUUGGAGGAUCUGUACGUGAUGCCAGAAUUCAGAGGAAGAGGCAUAGGCAAGGGUUUACUGUGCAAAGUCGCUGAGGUGGGGAAGAAUAAGCAGUGUGUGCGGCUGCAGUUGUCUGUGUUGGACUGGAAUAUGCCCUCUCGGGACUUCUACGCUGCUAAAGGAGCUCAGGACCUAACCGACAGCGAAGGCUGGCACUUUAUACGUUUUGACAAACAAAGCAUGGACAAUUUAGCAAGUGAAGCUCCAAAAGAUUAAAACUCUGCAAAUUAACUGUGUAACUUUCUGUGAAAGACUGUGGCUGGUAAACAUUCACCCUGCAUGAGACAAAAUAAGCUGUACUGUACCUGGUUUCUCACUACCUUGUCUUUCUCCUGUUUUUAUAAAAAUCAUGUCCUGAUUUAAACUUUUCAUAUUUACAAGGACCUACCUGUGAUUUAUAAAUACGAUUUUAAAUACUCUACCUUUGACCUUCCUUCAUUUUACAGACAAGGUUGUAUAUGGUUAUGUGUUGUUGCCUUUCAAGUGCAGAGUGUAAAUUUAGUUUGCAGACAUGAUUUCCUAAAAGUGUUUGCAUGUUGCAUAUCAUAUAUUUGUGAAUGUAUAUAAAAUACAUUGGUUGAGAUGAUUUAAAUCUUUGAAGGAUCUGGUGAUGCUGGCUGGUGUCCCAGCAGCACAAUGUGACUUGACACAAGUAAAUCUAAUCUCAGCUGUGACACCAUAUCAUUCCAGUGGGCGGCGAACUUAACCAACUGAAAAUGAUAUAAUUUGUCAACUCUCUUAGUGUACAGUCAGUGAAUGCUGUGGUUAAAUACAUGUAUCAAAGCAACAGUUACUGUUUCUUAGUUUGGAUGAUUGUAUCAGACCAGGGGCCUAUUUCAGAAAGCAGAGUUAACAAACUCUGAGUCUAUCCUUGAGCUCUGAGAUAACUUCCCCUGAGAUGGAAAACUCUUUGAGUUUUCAGUUUCAGCACAGCUGAUCUGAGUCAGUUCACUCAACUCUGAGUAUGUUCUCUCUGAGUUAAGGUCAUGCACGGGGAAUGAAAAAAGCGGUCAUCAAUGGAGUGCCAGUAUUACAAUUCACCAUGACAAUAGGUAAAUAAAAGGCAAAACCUCCAUUUUCAAUCCGGUGAUAUCUGCAUGAAUAUGCUGACUGCAAACAUUUAUCUAAAAAAACAAAGACUCUGAAUCUGAGCGGGCAAAGUGUCAAUAAAUUAAUAUAA